UCCUCUGACACGCCCAUGGGAGUUAUUGCUUCCAAGCUGAGGAAGGCUGACAUUCCGAGUCCCAGUCCGCACUCCAGCUCCAAAACUCCCUCUCCAUCGACGCCCAGGAGGGCUACUCCUAGUGACAACGCUUCGUCCUCGGGAAGGAAUUCGGAGUCUUCGGACGAAGUUGAAGAAGAAGAAGAGGAGGAGCCUAGGCCUACUUCACCAGAAUCUGACAAAGUUCUCUCUCGACACCUCACCCCUACUAAAUCUUCCACCACCAACUCAACCACCGCCAUGUCUAAGAUCGGAAUCAACGGUUUUGGCCGCAUCGGUCGCCUCGUACUCCGCGCUGCCCUCAUGAAGGGCGCCGAGGUCGUCGCUGUGAACGACCCCUUCAUCGCUCUAGACUACAUGGUCUACAUGUUCAAGUACGACUCGACCCACGGUGUCUUCAAGGGUGAGGUGAAGGCCGAGGACGGCGCUCUGGUGGUCAACGGCCACAAGAUCCAGGUCUUCAACGAAAUGAAGCCCGAGAACAUUCCAUGGAGCAAGGCUGGCGCCGAGUACAUCGUAGAGUCCACCGGCGUCUUCACCACCAUCGAGAAGGCCUCCGCCCACUUCCAGGGCGGCGCCAAGAAGGUCGUCAUCUCCGCCCCCUCCGCCGACGCUCCCAUGUUCGUCUGCGGCGUCAACCUGGAGAAGUACUCCAAGGACAUGAAGGUAGUCUCCAACGCCUCAUGCACUACCAACUGCCUCGCCCCCGUGGCCAAGGUCCUCCACGAGAACUUCGAGAUCGUCGAGGGCCUCAUGACCACAGUCCACGCCGUCACCGCCACCCAGAAGACCGUCGACGGACCCUCCGCCAAGGACUGGCGCGGAGGCCGUGGCGCCGCCCAGAACAUCAUUCCCUCCUCCACCGGCGCCGCUAAGGCCGUCGGUAAGGUCAUUCCAGAGCUGAACGGCAAGCUCACCGGUAUGGCCUUCCGUGUCCCCACUCCCGACGUGUCCGUCGUCGAUCUCACAGUCCGCCUCGGCAAGGAGUGCUCCUACGACGACAUCAAGGCCGCCAUGAAGGCUGCCUCCGAGGGGCCUCUGAGCGGCGUGCUUGGUUACACCGAGGAUGACGUCGUCUCCUGCGACUUCACCGGCGACGAGAGGUCGUCCAUCUUCGACGCUAAGGCCGGUAUCCAGCUCAGCAAAACUUUCGUGAAGGUCGUGUCCUGGUACGACAACGAGUUCGGCUACUCCCACCGCGUCGUCGACUUGUUGAAGCACAUGCAGAAAGUAGAUGCCUAAGAAGGAGUCUUUGAGGAGGGGAGAAUGAUGACCUUUGCUUACAGUAUUCCUUUGGUGGAAGUGGACGAAGGUUUAUUUUUUUCGUUUAAGGGGGAGGGGUGGGAGAAGUUUGAAGUCGUUAGUAGAAGUCGUUCAGGCAUCAAAGAGAUGCUGAUAACGACGAAGAUGAUGAAAGUACACACGAAGGAAGAAGUAUAUGUGAACCACUUGUAAAUUUAGAAAAGAGUAAAUUUUUAUAUUUUAUUAGCAGUUAUGACCAAGUUUCGUGUGAUUUUCUUUUCCCAGUUCUAGCAGAAGUAUGAUGGAAAGCUUGCUAGCUAGGAUUUAGUUUCUUUUAUUUUAUUUAAAUGGUCAGAAAGGAAAGCGGAACAAACCUUGUCAUUGUUAUCACUUUAUAUAUUUUCAAGGUACAGUAAUGUUCUCUUUGUGCUAGUCCUACAAACCCUAUUGUCUUUGUUGUCUUUAAGAAGUAUGUAAUGUAUAAGUUGACCGACUGGAUGGCCAAUAAAAAGAUUUAUUUC